AUGAACGGCGCUGCUUCUUCACCAAGGGUUAAGAGAAAGGCCCCUGGCUCGCCCGACCUGCCUCCCCCCGCCAAACGAGCCAUCAACGGCAAGCACUCUCCUAACGACAAUACUCCCGAUAUUGUCGAGUUCGAUGACCAGUCCGAGACAAGCGGCGACCUUCAUCCCCAUGCUAUGUACAUUGGGACACCAGGGAGUCUAGGAGAAUGGCAGGACACGAUUCAAAAGGUCGUGCGCAACGUUGUCGCGAUUCGCUUCUGCCAGACCUGUUCCUUCGAUACCGAUGCGGCCUUGACCAGCGAAGCCACCGGAUAUGUUGUUGAUUCUGAACGAGGAUACAUCCUCACCAACCGUCACGUCGUCGGCGCUGGUCCCUUCUGGGGCCAUUGUGUCUUUGACAACCACGAGGAAGUCGAUUGUUAUCCCGUCUACCGCGACCCCGUUCACGAUUUCGGAAUUCUUCGUUACGACCCCAAGGCCAUCAAGUAUAUGCACAUCGACGGCCUAGAAUUGCGACCAGAUCUUGCAAAGGUUGGUACCGAAAUCCGAGUCGUAGGUAACGAUGCCGGCGAAAAGCUCAGUAUUCUGUCGGGUAUCAUCUCCCGCCUGGACCGAAAUGCACCCGAAUACGGCGAAGGUUACAGCGACUUCAACACGUGUUACUACCAGGCCAACGCCGCCGCCAGUGGAGGAAGUUCUGGAAGUCCCGUCGUGAACAAGGAUGGAUGCGCUGUCGCACUUCAAGCUGGUGGUCGCUCGGAUGGAGCUUCAACAGACUAUUUUCUUCCAUUGGACAGGCCGCUUCGUGCUCUUCAAUGUAUCCAAAAUGGCAAGCCUGUCACACGUGGUGAUAUUCAAUGCCAAUUCCUUCUCAAGCCAUUUGACGAGUGCCGCAGACUGGGAUUGAGCCCUGAGUGGGAGGCGGCCAUGCGCAAGCAAUUUCCUGAGGAAACCAACAUGCUGGUAGCCGAGAUUGUCCUUCCCCAGGGCCCUUCAGACAAGAAGAUCGAGGAGGGAGACGUCCUAAUCAAGGUGAACGGCGAACUUAUCACUCAGUUUAUCAGACUUGACGAUAUUUUGGAUUCCAAUGUUGGUAACACCAUCAAGCUGCACCUCCAACGCGGUGGAGAGGACGUUGAGGUAGAGCUCGAGGUUGGAGAUCUCCACAAGAUUACCCCUGACCGUUUUGUCUCAGUGGCGGGUGCCAGCUUCCACGAUCUGUCCUACCAGCAAGCAAGGCUUUAUGCUGUCGCUGUCCAGGGUGUUUAUGUAUGCGAGUCAGCUGGAUCUUUCCGAUUUGAUAAUACGGACAACGGCUGGAUUGUCCAAACAGUUGACCACAAAAAGGUUCCAGACCUUGACACAUUCAUCCAAGUGAUGAAGGUCAUUCCAGAUCGCGCCAGAGUUGUGGUCACAUACAAGCACCUUCGUGAUCUGCAUACUCUCAAUACCACUGUUGCCUACAUUGACCGUCAUUGGGCGUCAAAAAUGAAGCUGGCUGUCCGAAAUGAUGAGUCAGGCGUCUGGGACUUUACUGAUCUUGGAAAUCCUUUGCCUCCUGUUCCCCCUACUCGACGAUCUGCCUCCUUCAUUGAACUAGAGCAUAUGCCACACCCCGGCAUCGCAAACCUGAUCCACAGCUUUGUCCACAUCAACUGUACUAUGCCUUUGAAGCUCGACGGUUUCCCUAAGAAUCGUCGUUGGGGCAUGGGCCUGGUAAUUGAUGCAGAAAAGGGUCUGGUCUUGAUCUCCAGGGCCAUUGUUCCUUACGAUCUUUGUGACAUCACUGUCACCAUUGCUGACUCCAUCAUUGUUGAAGGCAAAGUAGUUUUCCUACACCCCCUUCAGAACUACGCCAUGAUCCAAUAUGACCCAUCGCUGGUGGAUGCGCCAGUCAAGAGCGCUCGAUUGAGUAACGAGGUCCUCACUCAAGGCGCCAAGACCUACUUCCUGGGUUACAAUAGAAUUGGGCGUGUUGUACAUGGCUCUACCAGUGUCACCGAGAUAACAGCGGUGGCGAUUCCCGCCAACUCUGGCGCUCCCCGCUACCGCGCCGUCAACGUGGACGCCAUUACUAUUGAUAGCAACCUCGGCUCGACUUGCAAUAGCGGUGUUCUUGUCGCGCCCGAUGGCACUGUUCAAGCUCUGUGGCUUAGCUAUCUUGGAGAACGCAACCCGCAUAGCUCGCGGGAUGAAGAGUACUAUCUCGGUCUUGGCACCAAGACUCUACUCCCUGUGGUAGAGUCAAUUCAGAAGGGUGUCAACCCCAAGCUUCGCAUCUUGUCCGUCGAAUUCAGAUCGGUCCAGAUGUCCCAAGCAUCAGUUAUGGGUGUUUCAGAUGAAUGGAUCAAGAAGGUCACACAGGCCAACAGGUCUCACCACCAGUUGUUCAUGGUUAGUAAACGAACAUUUGAGCGUGUCAACCAGCCGGUGUCCCUACUUGAAGGAGAUAUCGUUCUCACUCUGAACGGCAAGAUUUGCACUACAAUCUCGGAUUUCGACUUGAUGUACUCUCACGAAUUGCUCGAUGUCGUUAUCGUCCGCGAAUGUGAGGAGCUGCACCUUCAAAUCCCUACUGUUUCUGCAGAUGAUAUGGAGACGGAUCAUGCAGUUUCUUUCUGUGGCGCUAUCCUGCACCGACCCCAUCAAGCUGUUCGACAACAGAUCAGCAAGCUACACAGCGAGGUGUAUGUGUCUAGUCGAAUCAGAGGAUCGCCUGCCUACCAGUAUGGAGUUGCACCAACCAACUUCAUCACUCACGUCAACGGUACUCCCACGCCUGAUAUCCCCUCCUUCAUUGCUGCGACCCGGGAGAUCCCAGAUAACACCUACUUCCGUCUCAAGGCUGUGACAUUUGACAAUGUCCCAUGGGUGAUCACUAUGAAGAAGAACGACCACUACUUCCCAACAAUGGAGUGGAUCAAGGACGACAAGGAGGCCUGCGGAUGGCGCCGAGUCACCUACGAAGGCAGCGAUGCGUUCAAGGGCGAGGCGAUCGAUGGUGUUGCUCCAGUUGCCGAGGAUGCCGAAAUGGAGUAA